CUGAUGACAAUUAAAUUGAUAACCUAGUGUUAUAUUUCGACGUAAAAAUAUCAGCAUGUGUGUUCUCUCAAAAACAUCUCUCUACAUUUAUCAAGUAUGUAUGGGAUUCCCACUGAAAUACACAUCAGAAUCAGGUACAGGCAAGAGGCUGACGUUUUCUCCAGCAGUGUUCUGUUGGGGCUUGACUAAGACUAUACUACAAACAGGUCUAAUGAGUUUUGUCAUUUACGUAAUUUUAACCAAAGGUUUGGUAAUUUUUUCAAAUACCAAUAUCAAUCUCAAUGUUUACUUGGUACUUAUUACAACUACAAUGCUGACGGAAGUAGUUACUUUCUACAGCUGUGCUAGGAGUUAUACAAAUUUCCUCGACAUAUGCGUAACUCUGGAAAGAGUUGACUACAGGUUGCAACUGACACCAUCAAAAUGUUGGAUGACAGUAAAGUUCACUGCACUUAUCUGUGUUAUAAUAUUAACUCCUAUAAUAGCUGGAGGAAUGUCCCUAUACCAUAUUUUGAAGUUAACAAAAGAUCACGAACUGAUUAUUUCACGUAUCAUACUUUAUUCUUGCUCGAUUGCUACAUACUAUUUUCAAGUCUGUAUACUGGUCCAGUUCCACGAAGUCACUCACUGUAUUGCGACGAGGUUCAGACUAAUUAACGCUAGGAUCAGACAAGAAGUAAUCAUUCAGAGCUAUAGACAAUCAGUGCUUCGGCAGUAUCCCCGAUGUAUCAAUCGCGGCCAAGACAGAAACUCCAAUAAUAAGAUUAAGACAUUUAUGAGCGCAUACCAGAUGCUAUGUGAAGCUGUAGACAAAGUCAAUGCCUUUUAUUGUGACCCGUUAUUGAGUAUAAUAUUCUAUAGAUUUGUAUACGUUACUUUUACCCUUUACGCACUUUUCCUAUGUCUUGUCUCCGAAAAUCCAUUAGGCCACAUCAAAACACCAAUCUGGUUAACGGUCCACAUCUGCUACCUGCUACAGAUCGUGUCCUCGAGCUCUGACGUCACUCAAGCGGCGGACGAGACAUCACCAAUAAUCUGCAAGCUGAUCAACAAGGAUUUGGAUGCAGGGCUGAAGAGACAACUAGACUCGUUUCUGCUGCAACUGGCUUUUCAAAACGUGGAGUUUUGUGCAAAAGGGGGUUUCAAGGUCAACAGAAAAAUGUUAACUACAAUGGCUGCAACAGUUACUACCUAUCUAGUGAUCCUGAUUCAAUUUCAGACCCAAAUAAAGAGCAAUUAUUAA